AUGCCUACACUCAAUAUAGAAGGAACCAACGAUUGUUCAUUCUCCCUCAUCAAUCUCUUGCCAUUCACCAGAUUGCCUGGUUCUGUCCUUGCUGAAAAUAAGGAAAUAUUCGCAGAGCAGACUUACUAUUUGAAAAAGAAGGAAAUUAAUUUAUCGGACCACAUCCGAACAAUCAAGGAAGGAACUGUGCUGCUUGGACAUGAUGAUGAACACAAAGCUGAGGAAGAAGUUGCACAAUUUAUAGAAUUACAAUCGUCAUCAUUACCAAGUGAUGAAGAAAAGAAAACUUGUUUUAAAGUUUUGGAUGCUGAUUGUUUGCAAGUUGCUUUUGAAUUGUUUGAAAAAACUGGAAGAACGCCAAUGGUUUUGAAUUUGGCAUCGAGAAGAACAAUUUGUGGAAAGUAUUGGGUUCCUUAUUUAGGAACUCAGGAAGAAUUCAUUGAGAGAAAAUCAGUAAUUUACAGAUAUAGUAUUGAUCCUGAUUUGAAUGAAAUUGUUGGAAAGGAACUUGAAAAGCGAGCAUUGAAUACAGAUGAAGAUCCUCAUCAUAUUUUGGAAUUUGGAGUAACCUAUACUCCUCAAUUGCCAAUUAUUAGAAACUUUAAAGAAACUGGCGAUUAUUCACUUGUGGAUCCCUGUAUAUUCAUUAAUGUGGCUGCUGCUGGUGCCAUUGAUUUGAGAAUCAAAUAUUUCAGAAAGACAGAUCAUUCAAAAUAUUAUGAUAAGCACGGAGUGUUAAAUGAGGAACUAUUCAUCAAACAUACGAAACUAAAGAUUAGGAUGGUGCUCUAUUGUGCAUUAAAGAUGGAGGAAAGAGAUUUGGUGUUGGGAGCAUUUGGAUGUGGAGCUUACUUGAAUGAUACCAAGACAGUUUCGUCAUGUUUCGAACAAGUAUUGAACGAACCAGCUUUCAAGAAUAGGUUUGAUAAUGUUUAUUUUGCAAUUUUGGGAAAGGGAAAUUGCCAGCCAUUUGAAGAAACUUUUUGCUAG